AUGGGCACUCCACAACAACAAGAAGACAGACUCUCACCACCAGAAGCCAAGUGGUGGGUCGACGGACAACGCAUUAGACACAAAGGCUUCUGGUUCAAACCAGAGUUCAUCACUGCCUCUGAAGCUAUAAGAGCACACUACACACCUCUUCCUUCCGACAUAAUCCUCGCCUCUUUCCCCAAAACCGGCACUACUUGGCUCAAAGCUCUAACCUUUUCCAUUCUCAGACACAGCUCAACCAUACACGACGACCGUGACCAUCUGGAUAACCUCAACCCCCACGAGGUCGUACCCUUUUUGGAGAUCGAGUUGUUCGGUGAAAACCCAUCAAAGGACACAACAAAGAUCUCUUGUCCUAGAGUGUUCAACACCCAUCUCCCUCUCUCGUUUUUACCGGACACUGUCAUGACCUCAGGGUCCAAAGUCAUUUACAUAACUCGCCACCCAGCUGACACUUUCGUCUCUCUCUGGCAUCUCUACAACAACAAGUUCGGGACCGAGAUCUCCAUCCAAGAAGCCUUUGAUGACUUCUGCAAGGGGAUUGUCCCGGCCGGUCCCUACUUCGAACACGUACUCGAGUUCUGGGAAGCAAGAGACCGAGACGGUGUGUUGUUCCUCACUUACGAAGAACUGAAAGGAAAACCAGAAGAGAACGUGAAGAGGAUAGCAGACUUCUUGGGGUGUAAGACGAUGGUGGAGAAGGUGGUGAAAGAGUGUAGCUUCGAGAAUCUGAGGGGUGCAAGUAAAGAAACAGGAGAAGGAGUUCACUGGAGUGGAACUAAGUAUAAGAUGUUCUUUAGGAAAGGUGUGGUUGGAGAUUGGAAGAAUCAUCUUACACAAGAGAUGAUGAAGGAGCUUGAAGACAUUGCUGAAAUGAAAUGGAGAGGAUCUGGUUUGGAUCUCAACAUUUUUUAA